AGUAAUGGAGGACAAUCAUGAUGAUGAUAAAAGACUAGAAGAAGAAAUAGAAAUUGAAUUAAGCAAAAUCAGCGUUUCUUCUCUUGAAGUUGAUGAUCCCGACACAGAUUUAUCAGCUGAAGUUUCAAGCGAUAGUGAACCUAUUUCAGAUGAACUGCCAGGAUCAGUCUGCUGUUAUUUAGAUUUUGUGAGAAACAGAACUCAAAAUGCGGAAAGACUUUUGCAAGAGAUGGAUAAUGACAAUGACGUUUUAAAUGACAUCUACAGUGUAGUCCCUAACAGAGAUUCAGACUGUUUGGCUGAGUUGGCUUCUGAAUAUAAUGAAGAUCCAGAAGACUUAAAGAAGAGGGUACUCUCUGAAAUAGAAGAUGAGGAAUUACGAAUGAGCAUGGAGACAGAGAAUGUAGAUGAGGUCAACAAUGAUGGAAGCAUUCUUUCCAAUGAAAUAGCUUAUCCUUGUUUUUUGGCAGAUGGGAAUGACAUAGCCAUUAGCUUUAGUUUCCAAGAAGUUGAGGCUAGAUGCAAGCAAGAAUAUGAGCUUUGGCUGGAACAGCAAAAAGAAGUUGAUGAUGACAAAAUGAAGAAGAUGAAAGAGGAGAGAGAGAUGGAAGAAAUGGAAAAUGAGAUUGAGAUGGACAAGAGACGGAAGCGGCAAGAGGAAUUGGAGGCAGAACGGAUGAAGUUAGAGAUGUUGCAUGUGCAACAACAAGCUAUUUUGGAUGAGGCACGGCAAAAAGAAGAGGAGGCUUGGAAAGAACAGUUGAUUCAGCACAAGAAAUUUAUUCAAAAUUUACACAUGCAAAUAGAAGAAGAACAAAUGGCCUUUGAAGAACAGAAAUCAAAGGAAAGACAACAGAUGAUGGAACAGCAGAAUAUGGCAGCUCAAAAAAUCCAAGCUUACUUUCGAGCAUUCCGAGUAUACAAAAUUUAUGCCCCUGUCUUGAAAGAAUGGAGAGCAGAACUGAAAAGGAAAAGAGACCUGCAGGAAAAAAUAGAAAGGGAAUGUAGAGAAAAGGAGGAAAGAUUGAGAAGGAGGGCUCUAGAGAAGAAGAAGAAAGAGGAAGAGGAGAGAAAAAAGCGAGAAAAAAAAGAAAGGGAAAAGAUUGCAGAAAGGUUGAAAAGCUGCGAAGAAUAUGAAAGUAAGAAAGAAUUGGUGAGACUUCAGAGAAGAGAACAACUAAUGUUGCUGGAACAGAAAAAGAAAGAAAAAGACGUUCUAACAGGCUUAAGUGAAGGGAUAAUGGAACCUGAAAAUACAGAUAAAGAAAUAAAAAUGACAAAGGAGGAGCAGGAAAUUGUAAAAGCAAAAGAGGACAGUAAAGGUGAAGAAAUUCCAGGGAGAACAGUGAAUGAAAAUAUAGAUCAAGAUAUGGAAAUAACAGAAAAAGCAAAAGAAAUAGAAAAAAUGGAGAAGGAGGAAGAUAAAACUUUCAAGAUGGAAAGUGGGAUGGCAGCCACAAACACAGAGGAAGAUUUGGAAAUGGCAAAGGAGGAAGAAGAAAUUGAAAAGGUGAAUGAACAAGAGAAAGGUACGGCAGAAGAGCUAAAACAAAUUUUGCAAAAGCAACAGAUUAAACUGACACUGGAAGCAAGAUUAAAGGAAGAAAAACCAGACAGUUCAUGGCAUGAUAAUGGAGGAGGAAAACAAACAUCUGGAAAGACAGAAUUUCUUAAUGAGAUAAAUAACAACUUAGUAGAGAAUGGCGUACUUUAUGUAGAAGACCAUGGUUCAGCUACUGCAGACUGUCAGACGGGUAGUAACACAACAAUGCUUGAUAUCAAAACUGUUCCGGCAGAGAUUAGAGUAGUUGAUGAGGGAAGUGGAGUGCACAGCAAUCACAUUAACAUGGAUGUCCAGUUAGGUUCUGUAAACACUGGACAAACAGAGAAAUCGUAUGUAUCUGGAAACAUGAAGAGAGAACCUGCAGAAAAAGAAAUUCAGGGUGAAGUGAAAGAUGAAAUCCCAGUCAAAUCUUUUGAGAAACCAAACCUACUUUUGGAUUCUAUUGAAGGGAAGAGAUUAAAGUGGAUGGAGACGUGCAAAUCCUGGUCAAGUAUUUGUAGGGAAAACAAGAGAAAGAAAAUAGUUGAAAGAAGCAAACCACGGAAAUGCUCAGCUAGUUCAUUGCCCCCGCUGAGCGCUUCCAUGAUAAUUCAGGCUGGCCCCUGGAAUGCUCUACAACAGGUUACCACAGUUACAUUUGAAGAUCUUCCUGGCUGCAGCCUUUCCACUUUGUCACAGUGUUCCAAACUUCAGUUCUUGAGUCUCCGGCGCUGUGGAUUAACUGUUUUGGAAGGACUUAGCAAUUGUAAAGAUCUGAAGUAUAUAGAUGUAGAGGACAACAAUAUUCAGACAGUCAAUUGUGAGAAUCUAGAAAAUCUCAGCAUUCUAAUUCUAAACAAAAACAGAAUUUCAUCCAUUCAUGGAUUAUAUGGCUGCAGUAAUCUUUGGAGUCUUGAAUUUUCCUACAAUAAAAUCACUCGAAUUGGUGGUUUGGAGUCAUUGCAAAAUCUCCUGCGACUGGCUGUAAAUCACAAUCAGUUGAUCAGCACCAAAGGUCUUUCUGAUGCUCCAACUCUAAUAUAUAUAGAUUGCUCCUUUAAUCAUUUAACCCACAUUGAAGGCAUUGAAAACUGUGGUCUUCUACAAAUUCUGAAGUUACAGGGGAACAACCUCAGUGAGGUCCCCAACUUGGAAAAUCAUGUUUUGUUAAGAGAAUUAUACUUGGAGGACAACAGCAUCUCAACCUUUGAAAAUUUGUCUAAUUAUUGGCUGCCUUUGCUUCAGGUACUUUCCUUCUCACAAAACAGUUUGACACAUCUUACACCUCUUUUUUCAUAUCUGUCAUUGGAAAAGCUAGAUGUUAGCAACAACUGCUUGUUAGACCUUACGAGUGUCAUUCAGUGGCUUACUGGCUGUGACAAUCUAAGAGAAUUAUCCCUGUGUCGAAAUCCACUUCUUCAAGAAGAGAACUGGAGGUGUUCCUUACUUAAAAUGCUGCCCAAUCUGAAAACACUUAAUGGCGAAAACAUAACUUCUGAUGCCGACAUCUCAAGUGAAACAAUGAAAAAGAAGCCAGAUCUAGGAAGUUUUGGAGCAUUUUGUCAAGCUCAGAUUAAGGAGAUUAAUUUAGUCUGCAAAAAAGCCACCACUAGGCUAACCAGUGAAUUCUGUGUGGAUGCUGUGCAGCGCCAGUGUUGGUAUUUUAAGAAGCUGAUGAAGCUCAGUAGUGAACAUCGUUAUGCACAUGAGUAUGGUGUUCUGAAUGCCACUGAAGAAGAGGAACCAGAAAAGCAGACAAAUAAUAUGAACCAAGAAACCAUUAACAUCGCAGAGAAAAAUAACUUCUUUGUCACUGGUGCAAAAGAAAAUAAGCAGAACUUGUUGAGUACGCCUGAAAGAUCAAUUGCUUCUGGCUACACUCAGCCCAUGUCUGUUAAUUCCUUCACGACGAUCCUUGGAAUGGGAAGGAAUCAAGAAUGUAGGCAAAAGAAGAAGAGCAUUCGUUAUGCCUUUAAUCACAAUGAGGAAAGCAAAGAUAACAGCGUUUUAAUCAGUCCUGAGAGAAACAAGUUUAGCAAGCAAAUCAUGGCAAGUAAUGGAGGAAAUUAUCUUCAACAUUUUGACAGUUCUCAAAACUUGGCAGCCACAAUUAUCCAGUCAUACUGGCGAGGCUACAAAGUUCGAAAAGAGAUCAACUUCUAUACAAGGCUACAUAUGGCAGCAACUGUAAUCCAGUCUUUUUGGCGAAGCUACUGGGUCAGAAAAAAGACUGUGAGUUGCAAAAAAGGUCAUAACUUCAUGGACAAGCAUAAAGCUGCUGCUGUACUUCAGGCACUUUGGAGAGGUUUCCAUCUGCGAAAGAAACUGGCUAGUGCCCUGGCAGCUGUUAAAACUGAUGAACUCGAGGAUGACUAUCGAGAAGUAAAUGUGAAUGACUUUACGUUUGAUGAUGCUGUCAUACAAAAAGAAUGGCCGGCUUUGGAUUCCGCCCGUUUCCUUUCACAAACACUGCUAUUCUCAGACCAGUUGCCCUCGCCAAAGUCUAACAAACCUGUUCAACAUGAAGACCAAUCACACCAUUUGAAAUGGCCAGUGCAGAAAACCUGGGAGUUUAUGGAAAGACCAAAUUCGUUCUUGUGGGAAAACAGCCAGAAUAGUGCCAGGUCAGAAAAGAGCACUCUCUCACAGUUCUCCAACUUGAAGCCUUCGCCAAAGUCAUUGCUAAAAUCUGAAAAAGAGGAACAAAUUUCAGCAGAAUGGGGAUUUAAAGACCUUUCUACUGCACAGCUCAUGCUAAAGAGAGCACAUAAAAUGAAAGCAAAGAAAUCUAAGGGUAAAAAACUUGACCCAGCUGUGCGCCUGGCGUUGUUCAAAAACAAUGAAAAUAAACAUCCCCCUUCAAAACCACCAAAGAAGGCACAGACAGGAAAAACGAGUUACUUUGAAGGUAAGGAAGAAGACUUCACUGGUUACACAGAUAAAUUAGCAGAAAGGAUGGAAGGAAACAAAGAACGUACAUACCACUGGCUUCAUACCCAAGUCUGGGAUUAUGAAGGACCUAGUCCCAAAAAUGAAAAAUGCAAGCAUUUCUUGCCUGAGAUAGACCCUGAAGUUCUCAAGGGAGGAAGAGUUCAGCUUGUGACAAGCCCUGUAAGGAGAGAAGACACGGAUUUAGAGCUUGUUUCCGUGACCAGUGGAAGUACUUUGACUUCGACCAGAGAAAAAAAUAAUCAGCCACACAGACACUCGGCGGGAUCGCCAAAAAAGGAUGCACCUGCACCCGAGCGAUCGCAGUUGGGCCCCUCACGUAAAGAGCGGAUAUCGUUCCGAGACCAUCCGGUUCAGCUCAGCGGUGGAUGGGGAAGUGGCAAAAAGAAAGCAAAACCUUUGAAAUAGUAGUGGGACCAUCAGGCAUUUAAAACAUAUGGAGAACUGUUUCUUUUCAAAAGAUCUGUAAUCCCCCCAUUUAAGGAUUCUGUUUUUAA